UUGCAAGCAGAGUCCAAGAAGCAACUGUUCAGUCAUUGAAAUUUGAAGAAUUUUAGGAGAGAGAAAACAUGGCGAAGCAGCAAAACAGUGAUGCAAAUUCAGUUGCUUCCGAUCUCAUCGAUUUUUUGAAUGCUUCUCCAACUGCUUUCCAUGCCGUUGAUGAAUCCAAGAGACAAUUGAAGGAAGCUGGAUUCGAGCAGCUUUCGGAAAGAGAAGAUUGGAGUGUGGAAGCUGGAAAGAAGUAUUUCUUCACUAGAAAUUACUCCACAAUUGUUGCUUUCGCCAUUGGUAAAAGAUAUGUAGGUGGAAAUGGAUUUCAUAUAGUCGGUGCUCACACGGACAGCCCUUGUUUGAAAUUGAAGCCAGUAUCGAAGGUAACUAAAGGAGGAUAUUUAGAGGUUGGUGUCCAGACGUAUGGUGGUGGAUUGUGGCACACAUGGUUCGACAGGGACUUAGCCGUUGCUGGACGUUUGGUGGUCAAACAAGUGCAAGAUGGUUCUACUUCAUACUCUCAUCGGCUUGUCAGGAUUAAAGAUCCUAUAAUGCGAAUUCCUACCUUAGCAAUUCACUUAGACAGGAGUACCGACGGAUUCAAGCCAAAUACACAAAGUCAUCUCGCUCCCAUGUUGGCGACGUCAGUAAAGGAAGAACUCAGUAAAAUUGUUAAUGAAAAUGAUUCAGCUGGCAAUGGAGCUCAGACCGAGGCAAAGAAAUCUACUGAGAUCCAGAAACACCAUUCUCUUUUGCUUAAGUUGCUAGCCGAGGAGGUUGGCUGUGAACCUCAUGAUAUAUGUGAUUUUGAGUUGCAAGCAUGUGAUACUCAGCCAAGUCUAAUAGCUGGUGCCCUGAAGGAGUUUGUUUUCUCUGGAAGGCUUGAUAAUCUUUGCAUGUCAUUUUGUUCUCUGAAGGCAUUGAUAGAUGCUACUUCCCCCGAGAGUAGUCUUGAUGAUGAAGUUGGUGUCAGAAUGGUGGCACUUUUUGAUCAUGAAGAAAUUGGAUCUAAUUCGGCCCAAGGAGCUGGAUCUCCUGUUAUGUUGGAUGCCAUAUCCAGAGUCACUAAUGCCUUCUGCUCCAAUGUAAAGAUGCUAGAAAAAGUUGUGCAGAAAAGUUUUCUUGUAUCAGCUGACAUGGCUCAUGCGCUACACCCUAACUACAUGGAUAAACAUGAAGAGAAUCAUCAGCCCAAGAUGCAUGGGGGAUUAGUUAUAAAACACAAUGCAAAUCAACGUUAUGCGACAAAUGCAAUAACCUCCUUUAUUUUCAAGGAAAUAGCGGAAAAGCACCAACUUCCUGUUCAGGAAUUUGUGAUACGAAAUGACAUGGCUUGCGGUUCCACAAUCGGUCCUAUCCUGGCUAGUGGUGUUGGUGUUCGCACAGUUGAUGUUGGCGCUCCGCAACUAUCAAUGCAUAGUAUAAGAGAAAUGUGUGCGGUUGAUGAUGUAAUGCACUCUUAUAUGCAUUUCAAGGCCUUUUUCAUGGAGUUCUCUGAGCUUGACUCAAAGCUAAUAGUUGAUGCGUAAAUCUACAACUUCAUUCUACUUCGGCCUAUAACAUGAUGUUCCGAUCACUCGAGGAUGUGGAUCCCAUCGCAUUGAGAAUUAUAAUGUUUCCCUUCUUUUUCUCUCUUAACAAACAAGAGCUCUUGAAGUUUAAUGUUGCAAAACGAUUUGUCAUUAUGUGUUUUUCCUAGUCUAUGUUGCUCUAACUGAAAGUGAUAGAAUAUACGCUACUUUUUGUAGGGAGGAUACAAAGAAAGAUGAAAGCAUUCGCUUGAAAUGUAAACCGGUCCGAUAUUAAACUUGGUUCAAUAUCGGACCGAUUUUUCCGGUA